AUGCUGUUAUCAUCGACUUUAUUGGAAACGUUUCAACACCAAGUCGAUCGAAGCUACUAUGGCUGGAUCUUCUUAUCUGCGUGCUCCAGAUCACUAUGGCUCUCAUAACGUUCAAUGUUCUCAAAGCGAACAUCAGCCCCAGGAGGACAGCACUCUCAACAGGACAUCAAUCACGCGGCAGGCGAUCAAGAGGUAGCAAUGUAUUGGGCAAUGGAAGCACUUCUCAGAGAUCUGCGGUUAAUGGCAGCACAAUGACACCAGCAAAUACCUCAGCAGCUUCAUCUUCAAGCACUACACCAGGCUCAACAGAACGUGUUUCCGGUUCACCUUCAGUACAAUCGUCGUCUAUACUUUUUGAUUAUACUCCACAAAGCAGCAGUAAUACGCAUGGCAGCACUCAGGGCAACACUAAUCCGGACUACUACGUGGACGAAGAGGAGAUCCGGUUCAGCACGGAGGAUAAUCGUUCUUCCCCUCGGAGAAGACAACGGAGAUUUAGCGAAUCAGCAAGCAGUGGAUUAGCGUCUGAUUCAGAUCACAGAAGCGCCAGUGAAGUCAGCGAAGAUGACGACGAGGAUGACGAUCUACUGGGUAACGACUACGAAGAGAUCCUUGAUCAGGAAACGUUUGUUCUCCAAGUGCGAUUCAAGGAUUUGGUAUCAUAUCUCAUGUCAAGUCAGGAAGCCAUCUCUUUCCCACGAAUAACGAACCCUAGAUCCACCGGAAGCGCCAGCGCUGCCGAUCUCCAAGCAGCUCGCACCCAAAACCUGCCUGUAUAGAUUCACGCAUUGCAAAUAUAAUAGUAAAAAAAGUGGCAUUUUUAAC